AUGACCGCCCGCGAAGAAGAGGAUCCCUCCUACAUCGACUACGAAGCCUUCCUCGACCCCGAAUUUAGCCCCUCCUCCUUCGCAAACACCCUCGUCCUCGCAACCAACAACCCCAACGAUGCGCCCCUCGAUCUCUCGACCCCUCUCUCCCGCGUCCUCUUCGAUACUCAAGAAAUUGACUCACACAUCGAUGUCCUGACGACAAAGUCGGCUGCUCCUCUCCUGCAGUACACGAAAGAGCAGACGACAUCCAGCAAGCGCAUCAUCUCGGAGCUCGACGCCCAGAUCAAGAACCUAAACGACAGCUAUAAGCAGCUCGAGAAGGAGGUCAUUGAUAAGCAUGCAGAGGCUGAGGAGGUGCGACAAGUUGCUACACGGCUUUGGGAGACGCUGAAGCUUGGUCGCUCCGUGGGACGCUGUCUGCAGCUUGGGAGACAGCUUGAGGUCCAGCACGCUGAGAUAGCGGGAUCUAGCGUCAGUGCUGCGGCCGCUGCUGCUGGAAAGAAAGAGGACCACCGCGCACUGGUACGAUGUUCGCAUACCAUCUUGUCGCUACGAGAGGUGCUUGACAACACAGCGCCUGGGGAAGAGGGUCACGGUCUAGGCAAGGUCGAUGCGAUUCGCACUCUUCGGGAGUCUAUAAUUACACCGGUUGAGCGGUCUGUCAAGGAGACGGCAGAAAAGAUCAUUCGCGACUUUGCAAUUCCCAACUCGGCUACCUUUGCGCAGGGCGAGGAAGUCAAGGCCAGGACCGUAUCGGCUAUGGUCACACUCUUCCUGCUCUCCCCGGCACCGACGCAAAAGACGGAACGAUGGACGCCGCAGCUACUCCUGCAAAGUCUAGAGACAUACUUCCGCUCGGCGUUACAGUCAUCCAUCGCCUCGCUCUCGCGGUCGCUAGGCCAGCUUCCCUCACUCGAACGUACUCUUGCUGAGAUCUCAGCGCGGUGUCAAAACAUUGUCGCUCUGGAGCUCGUUCUCGAAUCGACUAAGCUGCCAGCGCAUCCGCUUGUGUCGGCGCCGCAGAAACAGACCAAUAUGUUGCAGCCUCUCCUGGCAUACCUUGAGACGGGAAGUCUACCGAGUUACUUCUGGCGGACGAUGGCUGGAAACCUGGGCACGAGGGUCCAGGAGAUUGUGAAUCGGGGUGGGGUGUCUGCGCGUACACUGAGGUCCAAUAGGGCGAGCGUUGGGGAUGCUGUGAGGGAGUGUGUCGUUAGAGGAUGCCAGAUGCCGAGUGCAUUGAAGGGCAAGGGGAGAGGGGAAGGUAAUUGGGACCGGGAGGUCGCUGUCAUGGUUGGCAGUGUUGUCAAUAACCUCGGUCGGUAA